UUCAGGCUUCAUCUUCAGCGCUCCCGGGCUAUAGUGUCCUGGGGUCUGUUCCUGUGGGCGCAGUGGUCUAACUUGGCGGGAGGGCGGCCCUGUGAGGGUUGUGCCUCCUGGGGCGGCCCCAGGACGCCAGUCUUGGAGGCAGGGGUCACUAGGGUUGUGGAGAAAACUAUGAACAUAUCAGAAGAUGUGCUCUCUACGGGGUCCUCACUAGCAUCUCAGGUUCAUGCUGCCGCAGUUAAUGGAGAUAAAGGUGCUCUUCAGAGACUCAUUGUUGGAAACUCUGCUCUUAAAGAUAAAGAAGACCAAUUUGGGAGAACACCACUUAUGUAUUGUGUGUUGGCAGACAGACUGGACUGUGCAGAUGCUCUUCUAAGAGCAGGAGCAGAUGUCAACAAAACUGACCAUAGCCAGAGAACAGCCCUCCACCUUGCAGCUCAAAAGGUGAGAAGUCAAGUUACCUUAAAGAGGAGACUGUGUGGAUGUUUGUUACUUUACUGGAAAAACUGUGCAAUGAACAAAUAAAUGACAAAGGAAAGACA